CAAAUUUAUUUUCCUUCCUCCUCUUUCUUUCUCUCCACAUCUUCUUUCUCCUUCUAUUACCAACAUUAACCAAACUCCUCCUGUCUCUCUCUUUAUCUAGCUUAAGUACACAUUUACAAAAUAAAUAGGAGAAAAUCAGCCAUAACUAAAUCUCAUUCUUGUCAAAAUUUGAGUUAGUUUCUAUUUUCAUGGACAAAGACUACUUCUCUAAUGGUGGAAUUCCACCUCUCCUCCAUUUUGAACCCAAAAUUCCAUUAAAUUCCCUAUUUUCACCUCAUGAACUUGAUUCAGCUUUGAGCUCCAUGGUCUCAUCUCCUGUUGCCUCCAAUUCUGUAAAUUCCAAUGAUAAUUUCGCACUCCACGAAUUAGCUGGAAAAUUAGGCACAAUUUGUAGCUCUCCUCCACCUCAAUUCACUGAUUAUGCUGUGAAUUAUGAUCAUAUUAAUAAUAUUAAUAACAGUGAUUCCACUAUGACUUCAUGUUAUAGUACACCUUUAAACUCUCCUCCAAAAUUACGAGAUAAUAUACCAAUUUUUGAUAUUUCAGUUCCAGUAAAUCCUCCUCAAUUUCCUACAUUUUCAGCUAAUCCAGAGUUUUCACAUAGAGCUGCUAAAUUUUCUUGUUUUGGUAGCAGUAGUUUUAAUGGCAGAACGAGUCAAUUUGGGCUAAACAAUACAGAAUUGAGUCAUAGAUCUAGUACUGGGCCAAUGGGGAGUGAAAAAUUAUCUAGAAUAUCGAGUAGUCCUUCUCUUGUACUACAGAACAAAAAUUCAGGCCAAACCCAGGUGGAAAUGAUGUGUGAAAAUUUGGAUUUGGGCAAAAUUUCAGGUCCUAAUAAUGCCAAUUCUAAUGAAGAUUGUUCUGUUUCUGAGCAAAUCCCAAGUGGUGAAAUGGCGUCAAAAACUUCAAAUGUAUUGAAUUCUAGGAAAAGAAAAGCAGUUUCAAGAGGAAAAGGAAAGAAUUAUAAUGAGGUUGGAGUUGAUACAAAGGAAAAGAGAUCUAAAUCAACAGAAGGUAAUGGGAAGAAAAAUGGAACAGUUAAAAUGGAGGAAAUAAAUGGUAGUGAAGGUGAUGAAAAUGAGAAAGAAACAAAGGAAGAGCAAAAGCCAACAAAGGAUUGGAUUCAUGUUAGAGCAAGAAGAGGUGAAGCUACUGAUAGUCAUAGUCUAGCUGAAAGAGUCCGUAGAGAGAAGAUCAGUCAAAGAAUGAAGUUUUUGCAAGAUCUUGUACCAGGCUGUAAUAAGGUGACUGGAAAAGCAUUAAUGCUUGACGAAAUUAUAAAUUAUGUACAGUCUCUCCAACGCCAAGUUGAGUUCCUAUCCAUGAAGUUGGCUUCAAUGAACCCAAGAAUGGAUUUUCACAUAGAUAAUUUCCUCUCAAAAGAUAUAUGUCAACCAAAUGGCUCUUUGCCACAACAAGUGUUCCCAUUAGAUGGAUUUUGUGAAAAUCUUACUCAGCUUCACACAAUCUGUGAGGAUGAACUGCAAACAAUUGUUCAGAUGGGAUUGAGCCACCAGGAUUUAACAUUGCAGUCACAAGCUUUUCCUGCGCCUAAUUCGACGUCUUAACAUGAAAAUUGAGAUGUAAUCACCAUUCAUUUAUUCACAGGACCACAAUUUACCCCACAGGAGAAAGAGACUGCUUGUAUAUAAGCAGAGAUUUUUAGUUUAAUCUGCUUCAUAAAUUUGCUAAUUGACAAGAUUAGGUGUAGUUUUAAGGGGCUUAUUGUAAUCUAUAAUUGGUUUAAGCAUUCUAAUUUUUACUUUGGAUGAGUUGUAGUAUGUACUGUAUAAUGUUAGGGGGAAAAAGUAAUUUAGGUGCAUAAUCUUAACAGCACCUCAUGUAAGAUAUAUUUCUCUGUAAAGCAAUAAAAAUAGAGAUAUUAUUACGAGCU